AUGGGACAGGAUGGGACAGAACAUUCAGAAGGAGAUAGCUCGACGUAUGUCAACAAUGAUGUGGCCUUGACCGACGAGCUCUCGCUUGCAGGGACGAUCCCAUCUACCGUCCUGUCAGAAACCGUGGACAUGUAUUUCGCUUAUUGCCACAACCAGCCGUAUUCCUUGUUCCACGAGGCCAAUUUUCGACAACGGCUCAGCUGUGGGGAGAUUCCACCCCAUCUUCUGUUCGCCAUCAUGGCAUCGGCGGUACGCUUCUCGCACAAUCCGUUCUUUGGGGAUCGACACAGCAUGGCAGUAUUCUAUGCAAACCAGUCCUGGAAAUCCAUCGUGUCAAGCUGCUUUUCAGCCACUCGAAUCGAGGAUCUACAAACGCUACAAUCCUUGACAUUGCUCUCCAUUUUCGACUUUUCGGGGAAGGGCCGACACGCGUUAGCAUGGGUCAAAAUUGGACUGUCCGUACGUAUUGCGCAGUCAAUGAGACUCAUGAUGGAGAGCCGCAACGCCCUGUCCUAUGCCGAUCAAGAAGAACGCAGAAGAGUCUUUUGGUCUCUAUACCUCCUCGACAAGCUUGUCACUUGUGGUCGUGCGCAGCCACCCGCCAUUCUGGACGCAUCUUGCCAGUUACAGUUGCCAUGCAGCGAGGUCGCGUGGAGAGCUGGAUUGGAGCAGAAGACUCUGAAUUUGCAACAGCUCUUUAGCCGGACAGGUUCAAACCCGGUCGCCUAUGACGCAGGACCCUUCACCAAUGUCAUCGCAAUGGCAUACACCCUCAGCCGAGCAGCGCAAUACAUGCUGCAGCAAUUUAACAUGCAGAACCAGGAACCGCCGUGGGACGCCAACUCGGAGUUUGCCGGCAUACAGUCCGAUCUUCUAUAUCUAGAGAGCCGCUUGGAGAUGCACAAAUCACCAACUGAAGUUAUGGCCGGACACACAGUUGAUGGAGAAAUCGAUCAGCAAUCUGCCGGACCAGCCAUAUUUUCGCGCGCCUUGUUUCACCUCUGUUACUGUCUGCUUCACCAUCCUCUUCUCCUGCGGCGCCGGCUCGAGUCCUGCCACAUCCCUGGCCCGUCCAGCUUUCUUUCUCGGGCGUUCGAUACCGCAUGGGAACAUUCGAAACGGCUCACUCUCCUCUUGCAAGAAGCCCGGUACUCUGGUGCCACGACGCGUGCUUCGUUCUUCGGCUACUGCACAGUCGUGGCAGGCACUAUCGUGGCUUUGCAUCGACAUCACUGGUCCGAGUCCAAGAGACUUGAGUCUGCCGAGCUUUUAAAAUGUAACAUUGAUUUUCUGGAUGACCUGGGCCAAUUCUACAGGAAUGCCUGUUCGAUUGGACAAUCUUUGAAAUGUUUCACCGCUGAUACAUCCGCUUUUGCAACCCUGAUAUCCAACUCAGCACUGCCCGAAGGGCUGACCACUGAGAACUUCGAGUGUCUGUGGGACUUGGUAGACUAUAGCACCAUGUCCGAUACCGCUCCGGUGUUUGAGAGCAGCCCUGCAAACUCCAACAUCUGGCACUACAGUGACGCCUGUUGGGACGAACUCUUUGGAUCGUUCGACCUGGUGGAUUUUACCAAUCAGUCGAUCCAGUUCGACGUCGGAUCCUUAAUGGGGGACAUCACCGAGUCUUCCCAACUCCCGUACACUUUUUGA